GUCGUCGAGCAAACGGAAUUUCAACUUUCCGAGCAGGAGCGGGACUUCGCCGCGAAGUGGUACCACUCGAAAAACUAUGGGAAACAAACAACAAACAAUCUCCUCGACGACGACGAGCAGACAGAGAGCAUGAAGGCCGACGUGAAGCUCCCCGACACGAGUGGAAAGGACAAAUACGGCCAGAAGAUUCUUUACAGCCCGAAAACGGUCGAGACGCUGCAGUUCAUGGACCACUCCGCGAUCAACUACGAGCUGAUCGAAGAAACGCUGCGGUGGAUUGAGCGCUUAUCCACGCAAGAGAAGAUCGCACGGCACGAGGGCGCGGUGUUGGUGUUUCUACCCGGUAUGCCGGAAAUCUCCCGGUGUUUGAACCACUUGUACUCGACCGAGUGGUUUGGCGACGAAAGCGAGUUCACGAUUCUCAGUUUGCACUCCCAGUUGUCGGACCAAAAGACCGCGUUCCAACCCGCGGCGAAAGGGAAGCGGAAGAUUGUGCUUUCCACAAACAUCGCGGAAACGGGCGUGACCAUCCCCGACAUUGUUUUUGUCGUGGACGCGGGCAAAGUGAAGCAGAACAGCUACCACGAAGCGUCCAACACGUCCAGCCUGAAGGAAGUAUUUGUCUCCCGCGCCGAGGCGAUCCAGAGGAAGGGGCGGGCCGGGCGCGUCCGGAGCGGUUUCUGCUUCCGCUUGUACACAAAGAGGCGGUUUGACAAGAAUUUCCUGCCCGCGCCGGUCCCGGAGCUGCUGCGGUGCAGCUUGACGGAGCCGAUGCUUUCCGUUCUCGUCGCGGGGUUUCAACCGACGUUGUUCCGCGACGCGCUGGACGCGCCGCCGGACCAGCGAAUCACCCAGGCGCUGUUACUCCUGUGCGACGUCGGCUGCGCCUUUUCUUCGAACACGACCUCGCAGAUGACGGCCGCGCUGAUCGCGAAUUAUCUGCAGAAUUACACCGGCAACGCGCAGCUCGCGAGCAACAAUCUCCAGUUCCAGAUCACGCCCUUGGGACUCGCGCUGGCGAAGCUACCCGUCGAUAUUCGGCUCGGGAAAAUGCUGUUGCUGGGCAAGAUUUUCGGCGGGUCGGAGUACUUAUUGAACACAGUCUCCGCACUAUCCAAGAAAAAAACUGUGUUAGUGUAAGUCUUUUGGGAAAACAGCAUCACAAGUUUGCUUGCCAUGACAGGACAAACUUGUUAUGCGCAGAUACAAAGGGAAAACACAUAGGAAGCGAGCCGGUCAUGCAUGUCGAGCAUGACAAGUGUACCUGUUUGGGAUUUUCUGCAUCACAGAUUUACACUUACACAGUUUUUUUCUUGCAUACGCACUGUCCAUCGCGUCCAGUAACCGGGUGUACCUCGAAUUCAUGGACGACGCGAAAUAUGAAAGUGCACUACAACUCCCCCUCCCCCUCAUUUGUGAUGCAAAAUACCCAAUCCACGCUUUCCCUCCUGUCACUAUUAUGCAUGACAAGUUCUGGUAGCCCAAAUAGCACUACACUCCAGUGCAAAUUUGUCAUGCAAAACCGGCAUUCUUGCUGAUGCUUGUGCUCCCGUUUAUGUUAUACAAAUGAUGCUGGGGAGGGGGGUUUGUGCACUGGGAUACGAAAAAACAGCAGGCCAAGCAGAAACAAGAAUCCUUCUACGAAAAGUUGUGCGGGAAAUUCAACGGGGCGAUCGUGUCCGACCAUCUCGCGUUGGCGGAGCUGCUGUAUGAAAAGGAAAAAUCCCCCCUCCCCAUAUCGAAAAGGAAAUCUGUGAUGCUGGAUUUGCGUACACAAAUCCGAUUUGUAUUGCAGGAAGGCACACCGAGCAGAUCCCCAGGCUAGGUAGGGGCGUACGGGCCUAGUUGCUCAGCACUGCAAACGGCUGACCUUUCGGCCCAACAGCAUGGCAAAUCGCUUCCAUAAUGGGGCGGAAGCUUCUGCCCUUGCCUUCUUGCAAGAGAAAUGUGAUUUGUGACCUCAAAUCAGCAACACAAAUUUUCGGAAAGAUACCUUUUCGAUAUGGGGAGGGGGGAUUUUUCCUCUCAAUAUGCUGAGGGAUUUUGAAAAACUGGGGGAGGUGAAGCCACAGGAAGUUAUAGACAAGGAAGAUGAUCGAAAAAACUCGUCAGCGAACACUGGCAAAUCGUACCAGAAGGAGUCCCUGAGGCAGGCCCAGGAACGGUUCGCCCGGAGUUAUUUCGUCAACAAAAGUGCCUUACUGCAGAUGGCGGAUGUGAAGGAGGACUUGCGAGGCAAGCUGGAAAUGACGACGGCGAAAAGUUGUAAAGGUUCAAAUAGUAUCAGCGCACAAAAUUAUGAGCCUACCACCGCACAACUUGUGAAAAAGGACCGUCCGGUGCUUGCGGCCUGUCUGGUCGCCGCCGGAUUGCGGCCCAACAUCGCCUAUCAAAUGCAAAAAUGUCUGGGUCUGGAAACUUGUGAUGCUGGUUGGCGUAUCAUGAGGCGGCCACAAGUGCUGCCUCAGCAUGACAAGUUUCUGAGCUUCGAGGUGUUGCCUAUUCUGCAUCACAAACUGCGUUUCUGCAUGACAAAAAAACGGGGAUCUUGGGUAACGUGCAUGACAUACUUUGGGGUCAUGCUGGCAGAGCAUGACAGACCUUCCAUUCUUCCAGACCCAGACAUUUUUAUAAUCCAUAUCGCCCGGAUGGAGCACGCGUCGGCCAUGCCGUCGACCGGCAAGGGCGGCGGGAAGCAAGACGGGUCCUCCAACUGGUCGCUGGUAAUCUCUAUCCUGUGCAAAAGUAUCGCACUCGUAUUGCAAUCAUGCAUUACAAAUCUUCUUUUUAACGUAAAUCGCAUGAUUUCGCAUACCUGCGAGGCGCUCGCGCUUUGCGGUCAGGCUUCGGCCAGUUGUUUUGUAAUCCAGUUCGACACCUGGUAGCCACCGGAGGAGAAGGGGCUGCUGGGUGGUUGAGUCGGGGGUUAGGACUAGAGCCAUGGAUGAGGAGGUAAUGGCGCCACUGGUUCUUGAAUGCCAGAGGCAAGAGGAGACGCCAACGGCAAACUCCCCCCUGGUGGCCGGGCACUGCUAAAACGGGCGGUGAAACGUCACUGGGGGUGCAGAAGUAGUCUAACCGCUACUGCAGAAACAUUUACCUUCUGAGAAUUACACUACAGUAUGUGGGAGGCUUUUACCGCUCACCUUGAGAAGCACACACGUCAUUCUUUUUAACGUAAAUUUGCAUUACAAAUUUUAUUUCUGAUGCUGAGGAAAUUAAUGCAUUUAUACGAGUACGAUACUCUUGCAGUUCAUAAUCUCCGCGGGCAACGAGCAGAACAUCCGGCUGCACCCGCACAGUUCCUUCCUCCACCAGUCCCGGUUUUUGCAGAACCAGCACCGGUGGCUGAGCUACUACGCGAAAGUGAAAACGAGCAGUUUGUACCUGCGAGACGCGACGGUGAUCACCAAUCCGAUCUGGUUUCUGUUAUUUCACAGCGAGGAGUGGGAUUUGUACCCCACGCAACGGUGUAUCGUGUUCAACAACCACUACACGGGGCUCGGACCAACCUCUAGCAACAGCGCCACGUCCAACGCGCGGGACUGGCAGUGCGUGAGCAUCGCGCCCAGCACCGCGGUGAUCCUGCGGCAACUGAAAAUGCGGUUCGCGCGAGUCUUCCGGGAGUGGGUGCGGAGCACGGUCAGUGAAAAGGGUGCGGCGGGGGGUAGUAGUUCAUCCUCUAGUCCCUACGCGAACGGACAACUGUCUCCAGAUGCGGAUAGGUUGGUGACAAUGGUGAAAAAAAUCAUCGAGGCAAAACCGCCGACGACGCUGAGCUUCUGAGGUCGUAGAUAACCCCCAGUUGGCGAGCGGGAAGCUUUGUAAGGUUUUGUCACAUGGUCAAACAUGCUGCGUCUGUCAUUACAUACUAUGCGCAAGAUGAAGACUGUCAUUACCUUGAGCGGUUGUAGCCCUGCAGUACUUUUUCAACUUAUCGCGUUCAUCGACAAUCUG